GAUAGUGGUCAUUUCAUCCAAAACGUUGUAAAAAAAUGGCAGCCGUAGAAAGCACUAGCAUGUCAUUAAUGCAGUCAGAAGAACCGCUUAAACUAUCUGAUUUAUUAGAUCGAGGAUGGAAACUAUAUGAGGAGGUGGACACCACAAAUGAUCCCAUCGCAGCCACCCAUAUCCAGGUCAAAAUCAAGCGUGGCAUAACGCAACUUGAAGUGGCAACGCGAAUGGUGGCCCAACUCGACUUAUUCAGCCGAAAUGAGGAUUUGGAGGAGGUAGCAACCACAGAUCUGAAGUAUCUUAUGUUGCCUGCCUUCCUGGGGGCUCUAACUAUGAAGCAAGUGAACCUGGCAAAACGACUAGACCACGUUCAGAUAGCUAGAUGUUACUUUUUGGACUUCUUGAAAAGAUGUAAGGAGUAUAACAUAUCAAAUUUUGAACUACCCAAAACCAUUGAAAACUCCGCUGACAUACCAGAAGAAGAAUCUGCAAAUGGGCCCCCCAAACCUCCAGACUUAAUUGCGAUGGCAACAGUUAGAGCAGCAAAGAUAGAAAGAUACAAACAGAGGAAGGACACAGAGGCCAAGCUAUCAGAGAUCAAGGCAGCAGUGGACAGUGGGCAGGCAGAUGACGAGAUAGUCCGAAACUUUUACCUCCUCAAUGUGAGGAAAUGGAUUGCUGUAUCCCUGGAGGAGAUCGAGAGCAUUGACCAGGAAAUGGAGAUUUUGACCAGGAUGGAUGUUCUAAAACAGAGUUCAGCAGAGCCAUUACACUCUAAAAGGCCUCCCAUGAAACCCUUCAUUCUCACCAGAGAUGCUGUUCAGGCCCGAGUAUUUGGGGCAGGCUACCCCAGCCUACCUACUAUGUCAGUGGAUGACUGGUAUGAACAGCACAGGAAGAAAAAUGCCUUGCCAGACCAGGGGAUCCCACGCAGCGCUGAGGACUUUGAUGCAGAAGAGCGAGAACAAGAAGAGAAAGAGAAGCGGGUUGAAAACGACGAUGAGGAGGCCUUGCAGAAAGCUAGAGACUGGGACAACUGGAAGGAUACGCAUCGGAGAGGCUAUGGGAACCGUAAAAACAUGGGCUAACAACCAUCAAACAAAGCAACAGUGCCAUGCCUGGUCUGCAGUGUUCAUCUACUCUCUGUCCCUCUGUAAUAAACAACAACGUUGCUGGUGUCUAUGGAUACAUGGUCUUUAAGAAAAGGGAGUUUUAUACAAUCCCAGACAGAAACUGUUUGUCUGUUUAUGGUCACUUUUUAUUCUGAUGCUGCAAAUCACAUCUGUAAUUGUGGCCGUAUCAGAGGAAAAUUAUUUAUUGGCAGCCAUUAAUAUUAUCUGCAGGUUCCAUACGAAUACACAACCAAGUAUUUCCACCAAGGCGUCGUCUGUCGAGAUGGUGCAGUGCUAUGCUUGAGAAGAUUAGUAAAGUGAAUUUGAUGAUCAAUUGAUUAACAGCUGUUCCCAAGCGGAUUCAUAUUUCCUGAGUGUAUCCAACAGUACUUAGACUUUUGUGAAGAACUCUACAGAGGUGGUAACAAUCUAUAGUUCCAAAAAACUGCUAUUGUAUAUUGUCAUCCACACUUAAUGUGUUUAGUGAUGGAAAAGGUAGCUUGUGUGCUUAUACAGUCCCCUAAAAUGUGGCUCUAUACUCCGGCAUUUUGGUUUUGAGAAGAAAAAAAAUCUGAUCAGGUGACAGUACAGAAUGUCACCUUUUGUUUUGAGGGUGUUUUAAUAGCUGUUUUACCGUUUAGAAAUUAAUUUGAAGUCCUAAGUAUUUUUUGACAGAUUCAAUUAGUGUAUUCAAAAGUUGAGUAUUUGGACCCAUUUUUACGUUUACAUUUGAGUCAUUUAGCAGACACACUUGUCCGGCGCGACUUAGUGCAUUCAACCACGUAUCGCAGACAAAGUAAGUACAUUUUUGUCAGUGUUGUGCAGUUUGUUUUGGUUGUGCUGCAGCUUUUGUUUUGCCCAAUAAUAACUGAAUGGUGACUGAUUUAAUUUUCUUUCUAGGUUUACAGAUAAUGUUUCUGAACAUUUCUAAAUUAAUCCUGAUAAUGCCAUGACUAAGGAAAAUCAUGAAUAUUAAGUGAGAUGCUGAUCAGAGGCUACAGAAUUCACCAUUCUGUUCCUAUUGGGCAAAACAGCAAAUGCAUCCAAGUUUUUAGUAGCUUGAUGUAGCCAUUGUGUGAGGAAUAUGGGACCAAAUACUAAACUUUUGACUACUUUAAUACACUAUAAGUGAAUUUGUCCAAAUAGUUAUGACUUUUUAAAAUGGGGGACUAGAUACAUACAUUUUUUUAUUGUACAACAGACCCUCGCUGCUGGCAUUCUGUACUGUCGCCUAAUAUGAAACAUUCUCAACUAAAAUACUGGAGUAUAGAGCCACGUUUAAAAUGGUUUGCUUCACUGUCAGAAUACAUAUGGAGUAUGUACAAUAUUAUUUCCUCUGUUUGAUGUCCAUUGUAACACUGAAUAAUGGGUUUGUGAUGCACUUAAUUACAGAGAUCCACUCCCUUUUCAUCUCGUUUUGCUGAAUGGUUUUUUGUUGUUAAAUAACUGCCUUGUGACAGCCAAUUUGCUCUUUUCUCAAAAUGUAUGGCUGACUCAUUUGAUUUCUUUCCCACCUCUUACACAUGUACAGUUUGAACAGGCACUGAUUUUGACAGACUUGGUGGAUUCCUUUGUCAGAGUUGAUAAUGAGUAGUGGUUGGUCUAUUUUUUUUCAGAAUAGCAGGAAUUCUGUGUGCAAAACCUGCAUGGUUCCCAUUGUAACAAAUUAUUUGAGUGUUUUGUACUUUUCUCAUUGUUUCUUAAAGAAGUUGCUAGUGUAAAAAAAAUAUGGAUACAGUCCAGAAUAAAUAUGAUAAGCUGCUAUGGUCAAGCAAAUUGUUAUUGGCACACUGAUAUUCACACGCACAAAAUGUGCAUGAAUCAAAAUCAUAUAUAUUGAACAUGACUAAUAUUGCUCCCAUGUAACUUGAUAUGUGUCUUUUGGUGAAAGCAUAAAUUGUGAUCUCAAAAUGUAUUUCCGUUUCAAAGCCAAUUAAAUCAAUAUAUUGGA